CAAACACGACCGCUCAGUUUUUGGGCAUGCGAACCUUACUGAUGCGAAUUUGUCUUCAAGUAAUCUAGACUGGGAUUGGGGAGGGGGGAUCUUCAAUCCGAGACACGGCGGUUAUGUCGAAAUGGGCUCAGUCUGGAAGGAAGAGACAACAAGUAGACACGGUCUUUCUUGUUACCCUUGGCUAGAUUUUGCCAUGCCGUUCGACUCAGAACUACCCCCUGUUCGUCAGCGGAUUAGUGAGAAGAAUGUCCCUCUUUCCUCUGUUCGCCGUUUGGCAAGCAUAGAACAUAACGCCCUCACUAAUCUUCUCAGCGGCGCUCCUUGGGCGGGAAUCGCUGUCUUCCUCGAUACGCUACUAAAACCCGAACAGCAUGAGUAUGCGCGCUUCCCGACGACUAACGAACCCAGUUUAAGAUAUGAGGAAGCAAAUCCAGAGCGCCAUCCAGAAUCAGCGGCGUGUAACCGGACUUCCACUUACCUAGGAAAUCCGAUUGGCCUGACAAGCUCAAAAAGAAUCGGAAGUCCUGGAACAUGCCUGCUUGAACUCAUUCAACGCGCAUCAUCUCUUCUGCAUGGCACAUCAAGGCUAUGGCCAUUACCGUGCUUUGCUUCUCUGGCCAGUGCAUCGUCAACGAGUACUUCCUCAUCGAGUACAACUCUACAAGGCAGCAUCCAAGACAGCAUAUUGCAGCGCCUAGGUCAGUUUGCAUGCUCUCUUGUCCCAUGGAUAGGACCAAUCUCUAUCCUCCUCAUAGUUAGCGUGGUCUCCGCAAUUCUGUCUCGAUGGAAGUACAAAAUAGGGUUGGCUGGAGCCGCCUGUGCAGCUGCUUUCGUUUACAUUGCUGUACAUAACGACGCAAACGCUGAAAAACCAUGGAUCAUCGCGGUAUCCCUAUCUUACCUCGUUUUCCAUAGCCGGUACUGCUCGCUCACGACUCGCCUCCUCGGCUUCGAUGAAACCUUCGGUCUUGUCGCCACCCUGCUCGCGGUCGUUCUUUGGGGAUGUAUGGCUCUUAUGUCGCCCUUGGUACGUGCUUAGGAGUCAAAUACAGGCCUAGGCUAUCUCUGUGCUCUUGCGCCCGUGCACCUAGGUGUAUUUUUCGUUUGUGGGGUGUUGACACAUGUUGGGAGGGCAAAUAUGAGAGCGCAGCGUGACCAGGUGCGUAUUCUGCCAAGCACAAUUCAAGAUACCCAUUUGGGUGCACUAGGUGGGAGUUC